AUGAAGUCCACCCUCUUCUUCAUCCUUGCUCUGCUCCUCAUUCUGGAGAACCAAGCAUCUGGGAGGAGGCUGCGUGGUUCCGCUAGAGCACAAGAUCCUGUGGUAAGCCGUGUUUGGCACAAAGAAGAGGUGGAAGAAUCAGAAUCAAGCCGAGGUCAAGAUUUUGACAAACGCCGCUUUUGGGAGAAAGAUGACCCCACGGGAGAACACGUUUCAGUGAGACAUGAACAUCUUGAGAAAAGUCACAUUCGGUUCAAAGAAGAUUCCAUUGAUGACUCAGGUUCAGCUGGAGGUCUCAAUCCUUUAAAAGGACACCUUCGGCUCAAACGACAUGAUGCCAUGGAAGAACUAGUUUCAGUUGAAGAUCAAGCUUUAGCUAACGGUGCAGAUCCUGGGAAAAGUAACAUGCAACGUGUGUGACCCCUUUAAGGUCCAUCCUGUCCUGGCUGUACCUGUCCUUGGCCCAGGCCUGAAGGCCUCUCUGUAAUCCCAGCUGCCGAUAGCACGACGCUUUCAUACACUGCCCAUUCUCCCAUUCUGGAUGCCCAAGCAUGUCACUGCCUUUCUCAACCUACUUUCCAAUAAAAAGAUCUUCUGCUUCAAUGUA